ACAAAUAACAUCAAAAUCCCGGCUUCCAGGCAACAGGUCAGAGAAAAGGGAGCCAGAGAUACCACCACGCCAUCCCUCCAGAUUUAAUUCUUCAAAUCUUCCUCCGCUUUCUUUUUCUUUUUGUUUUUUAUUGUACAUAUAUAUUUCCUUGUACGUACACACAGAGCAGAGGCUGGCGCUCUGUUACUCCUUCUCUGCCAAACCAUACAAAAGCAAGCCUCUCUUUCCCUCUCCCUCUCUUCCCUGAUCCCCAUCCCCAUGAAAUGAAAGGAGCACACCAUUAACGAGAAAACCGCAUCUUUUGCUCUCUCCAGUUCAGAAGAGGGUGUAUCUAGAGAGAGAGAGAGAGGCGUGAAAAUGCAACAGGAGCAAGCUCUUGGGAUGGCGUUGAUGAGUGGAAGGUAUGGGGGAGAGGAGAUGCCGCAGGAGCAGCACCAACAGCAGCUGCUCAAGGCGGAGAUUGUAGGGAACCCCCUCUACGAGCAGCUGCUCGAAGCACAUGUCGCCUGCCUCAGAGUCGCCACACCCAUCGACCAACUCCCCCUCAUCGACUCUCAGCUCUCCAACUCCCACCAUCUCUUCCACAACUACGCUUCCAUCCGCUCCAACAGUCAAUUCCUCUCCCCACAAGACAAACAAGAGCUUGAUCAUUUCUUGGCUCAGUACUUCUUGGUGUUAUACUCUUUCAAAGAGCAGCUCCAACAACACGUACGAAUCCACGCUGUUGCGGCCGUCCAAGCAUGUAGAGAGAUUGAGCAAUCCCUUCAAGCACUCACAGGAGUUACACUCGGGGAAGGGACUGGAGCAACAAUGUCAGAUGAUGAAGACGACAUGCAGCUAGACUAUGCUCUCGAUGCUGGUGCAGAUGGACAAGACCUGAUGGGAUUUGGUCCACUUCUUCCAACAGAAUCCGAAAGGACCUUGAUGGAGAGAGUUAGACAAGAGUUGAAAGUAGAACUGAAAGAGGGCUUUAAAUCAAGAAUUGAAGAUAUUAGAGAAGAGAUAAUGAGGAAGAGAAGAGCAGGAAAAUUGCCUGGCGAUACAACAUCAGUGCUGAAGCAGUGGUGGCAGCAGCACUCCAAAUGGCCUUAUCCAACCGAGGAUGACAAGGCGAAGCUAGUAGAAGAAACUGGGCUGCAGUUGAAGCAGAUUAACAACUGGUUUAUCAACCAGAGGAAGCGUAACUGGCACAGCAACUCGCAAUCUAUGUCAUCGUUGAAAUCCAAGCGUAAGAGGUAGGUUGGGGCUGUCCAACUUGAUCUCUUAGGCAGUCUGUUAAUGGCAGGAGAAAAUUAGAUAAAAGAAAGCAUUGGGUCUUGCACAUAUCCAAGUCACAGAAUGUUACUACUGAUUCUGCGAGGACUGGUGUAUGAUAGCUUGCUCCUUGUCAUACAAGACAUUAACAUUCUGAACAGCUGAGGAGGUAACUAACCUCCAAUUAUGUGAACCAAAGAUAUGUGUAGCUUCAACUAUAUGGCAGCAAGCGGAUUGUGCAACUUGAAAGGAUCAACCACUGUGGCAUGUAAUUGAUGUCGUGAACCUGUCAGAUCUAGCGCAUAUUUUAAUAUAACAAAGAUGUAUCAUAUUUGAGAAAGAUCCUCCCUUUCUCCAUGGUGCAAUAUAUAUAACACCUUGAGUUUCAACUUGGGAACUUCUUAUUUCUUUGCUGCCUGUUGCCAAGCACGCCAUAUUAGUGAUGGUACACAAGCUCAAAGAUGUUGUGCUACUUGCCAUAACUUAGAUGUGUAUCUUGUUUUACUUUCAA